AUGUUCUUUCCCUGGCGAAGAGAUACCACAAACACUCAAAUGGAAUCGGAUUCCUGCGCCGCUCCGAGUACGGUCACUGUAACCCAGACGGUUUUGCAAGGAGUGGCAACGAGCACAGUUGAUCCAGACAGCAGCUCCUUUCCUUCAACGACCGACGGCAUGGUCGUAAGCACAAUUCCGGUGUUCGGGGGUGGCUUCGAAACAACCCUAGUGCCAGUACCUUCUUCUCCUCCCACAACAACCGCGUCCAUUACUAGUAUCACGGUUUCCAGAUCCGUCGCGACGACCAAGACUCUCAGCCUUGCCUCUGCAUCUCAUAGCUCCAGUUCGUCAAAGACACCCUGCCCCACAGCCAGUUCCAAGGCCUCCAAAUCUGCCCCUGCUGGAACAGUGGCCGGCGGCGUACUGGGCGGUGUCGCUGGUCUAGCCAUGAUCAUGCUCCUCCUUUUGUGGUGUUGCAGACGGAAACGAAAAGUGAAUAUUACCUUCAAGCGGAACACCAAGAACAUUACUCAGCCGGAGUCACCCAAAGAUGUGGAAGCCGUCAAGCAAGAUCGCGAUCUGGCUCUGCAGACUCUUCAACAAAACCAGCAUAUUCCCAGCCCGCGCUCAUUUGAUUUUGGCUUACCGAAAAUCCCCCCUCACUCGACUGCCAUAAUGCAGAAGCCGUGGAUUUAA